AUGCCUGUCACUGUUCCACCCGCCACGCUGCCCGACGAGCUCGUGGCCGCCUUCGGCAAGCUUACCACGUCGCAAACCGACCAGGACAUCAAGCCAGAACCUCGUAUCAAGCCAGAACCUCGUAUCAAGCCAGAACCUCGCAUGAAGCCAGAUCCUCGCAUGAAGCAAGAGAUUCCCAUCAAGCGAGAACAGCCUGUGAAGCGAGAACGUCCCAUCAAGCAAGAGAUUCCCAUCAAGCGAGAACAGCCUGUGAAGCGAGAACCAUCCAGCGAGGAAUACUACACCACCAACCGCCAACGCUCCAACCCCACCGAAGAAAAGCUCGUCUACCACGCCUCUUCUCCACCCCUCAUGACCGGAUGGUACUUUGCCCACACCGACGACCUCGAUCGUGCGCGAAGGCUCGGUCCUACGCAGCUCCCGAACGGAACAACGGUACUAGAAUUGCGGGCAGAGGAUGUUAGGGUGUUGAGAAAGGCGGACGACGAGAAAGUGCAGGGAAUCGGAAUUGUGUACUUUGACAGCGGCUGGCGUGGGAGGGAAUGGGAAGAAGCGGAGUUGGAAAAGGCGAGGCGGGUGUUGCGGGCUUUGAAUGAGUGA